AUGCCGAAGGAGUUGGGGUUACAGCCAAAGCCGCGUAAUCCAUGCAUAGAUUUUGGCUGCUGGACUGGGGAUCGAGAAUCAGAAUUCUGGCUGGUAAUUGCUCUGUAUUGGCCUGUCAGAUCCCAUUUGAGCCAGGAUAUUUGCCAAGUAAAGCAGCCUAAAUACCAGAUGCAUAAAGCUGGGCCGAUGGAAGAAGAUAUCUCCAGGCAUCUGCAGCCGGUUCAAGUGGAGCAAAACGUCAAACUUGAGUGUGCACUAACUUUCAAUGGAAACACUUAUUAUAUUGGCCCUUUGAAACAAGUAAGAAAAUCCAUGCAGAUUUAG